GCAAUGUUCGUAGAGCUAGAGGGAAACGUCAUAAAGUGCAAUAGUUUUGGUGAACUGACAGUUUUAUUGAUUUCCAGUAACAGCCGGCCAGAGAGAACUUCUUUUCUACUGUGUACGACAUAUCGAUAUAUCAGCAACAAAACUUCACUGCAAUAACUAUCAUGCUGGCGUCUGGAUGUACCCAAACCCUAGAGACAAAUGGAUCAACUAAAGCCUCGGUUUCGCAAUCCUGCUCCGUUGUUGCUAGAAGGCAGAGAUCAAAGGAACUGGCACAGAAGCGCCGUACCACAUAUAAGUCAAUAAUGGACAAACUUACUGAGGCACUUCCAUUCCCGAAGGAUGUAGUCUCACAGCUGGACUACAACUCACGUCUCAGACUGGCCCUGUGUUUCUUCAGACUCAAAGCACUGCUGGACUCUAAUGAGCAGAGUGCCGUGACAGAGGAGACCAUAGCAAAAGAAAAGGAGGUUGAUCAAAGCCUUUUGAGCAAGGAGACUGCUGGGAUUAUGCAAGGCUUGAUAAAUGAGGCCCUCGAUGGAUUUCUCAUGGUUGCUCUUACAGAUGGUACAAUCACUUACCUAUCUGAGAGCAUACACAGGCAUCUUGGGCUGUUUCAGUCGGAGCACAUUGGCAUCAGUCUGUAUGACCUUGUUCUAGAGGAGGAUGAAGACAGUGUUAAGAGGUCCAUCCAUGAUGCUGAAGUCACAUCUCUGGCCAGACUGGGACACAAUGCAAGCGCAGAGGUGGGAUUCUUCUGUCGAAUGAAAUGCUCUCGUUUCAAAGUGACCAACACCAUUUCCAAGACUCCCGGGUACAAGCUGGUGUAUAUCUCUGGUAGCCUGAAGCUGUCCGGCAGUGAAGCGUUCCUAGUGGUGGUGGUUAGGCCGGUGAGCCCACCCUCCAUUCUUGAGCUCAAGGUCGAGGGGAACAUGUUUGUUACUCACUACUCCAUGGAGAUGAAGUGCACCUUCUUUGACGGGAGAUUAAACCAGCUGAUGGGUUAUAGAAAGAAGGAUCUCCUUGGCGAUGUAGUCUUCACGCUUCAUCACCAUGACGACACUGAAGCCACUAUGGAAUGCAGCCGCGGAGUGAUGUCUCGAGGUGAGGGUCUCAGUGGUUACUUCCGAUUCCUUACCAAGCAUGGCUACUACGUGUGGUUGCAGACCAGAGCCACAGUGAUGUACGACAGUCGUACCGGAAAGCCGUCCUACAUCGUCUGUAUGAACUUUCUUAUUGACAAAGAGAAGGGAGACCAGGUUCUCAAGAACCGUGCCAUUACAGCAAUAGAGGAAGAUAACGACCUGGUAAUUAAAGAACUGGACUCCAGAUCCCAUGAUCCCUUCCCGCUGGUAUCCCGCGAAGACGGAAAGGUCGUGAACCCUCUGGACGAAGCUGACCAGUCAGUAACGAAAAACGAAGUGACAUCAUCGUCUAGUCCCGACAUUAGUUUUCCUGAUUCCAAUCCAAGCUCUACUGUCUUCCUACCGGAAGAAAGUAUGCUUCCCGACUCCACAAGCUCAGAGCCCGACUCGAGUAUGGGGGGUAUGAUUCGUACCCACACCGGCACCACCUCACGAACCUCAGAUGCUGGCUACUCCUCAAGCAACAGCUGUGCUGGUGGGCGGGGUAUGUUCUCACCAAACAGUGGAGCCUCUGAAGUGUCCUCCUUCUCUUCUAAUUCUCCCUUAAGCGAUGUAUCUAUGCCACAAAGGAAAUCAUCGUGGGAAAACCCCUCUUCGGGUUAUAUGACAUCUCCCUUGGGGUGUGUAUCAGAAGUUGGUAGCUCAGAGAACAUCCCUGCUGCUACGCAUGGGAUCUUUGGAGUAUUGAAUAGCAACGCCACUAUUCCAAACAUCAACUCUUCAACAAUGAACAUUUCCAGCAACCCAACAAGCAGUCAUCACCAACAUUUCCCUGUAAUGAACAGCUCUCCUCAAGCCAUAACAUCAUCGCAUACUGAUCAGCCUCAGCAUCAAAAUUCCCACCUCUCAUCGUUGCUCUUGUCCAAUACAAGUGGUCCGAAUCAAGGAUACUCACAUUCAAACUCACAUCAAGUGAACGACACUCCACAGCCUGGUGCUGCUACUCACCUACUUGGGAAACACCGUACGGCUGGCAGUUUGCACAUUAAACAAGAAGAUACAUUGACGCAAGAAAGAUACGUACGUAAUGGGCAGUUGAACCAACCUGGAGGCUAUACCCAGACUGACUUGCAACAACAGUUUCCCCAAUCGAAUGAUCUAUAUUCCAACGUACCCCCUCUCUUGAAUAUGUACACCCCAGAUUUUAUUGACUCGUCUAGCCAGUCCCGUGGUCACACAUGGGCUCAGACAAUGCCUCAGGGAGAUAAGCAGUACUUCACAUCUCCGAUCAACACACAAGCUGCACCUCAUAUGAAUGUACCGUACCAACAACACGAUUUUCUCCCUGAUUGGCAAGGUGGCAGAGUGACAGUUAAAAACGAGUUUCAUGGCUGCGAACAAUCAGUUGCUGAUAACCAGCAGUUUCAACAGGUACAGACACUAAACGGGCAAAUCGUCACUUCUCAACCAGCAACUAUGUUUCCACAACAACACUCCUCCACCUUCAACACUGCUCUUCAACCGCAACACCCCAUAACUGCCAUUUCAGCAAACAUUCAAGCCUCCUGCACUGUUUCAAAUCAACACUUGCCAAUGGGUGUGCAAAGUUUGCCAGACCAACUUCCCCUGUUGACAGGGGAGGACCUAAGACUCUUAGAUGACAUUGGGAGCUAUGCCUAGCUGUACAAACGUUAACACUCGCUAUUACUAAGUUGAGAAUAAUAAUUUCAUGCACGUGUCCCCCCCCCCUUCACUUUUGUAGUAAUUUUACUUGCUGACUGCUGAAUAAUUAUGUGAAUACAUCUUUUAUAAUUAUA